UUAAUAUUACCUCAAUUCUCUAACCCAAAUGCAUGAUCUCUGGGAUAGACAUUUAGACCAAAUCCUGUUUCGACCGUGGGUCAACUCUCAAGAUCAGGGAAGAGCCACGUCCAGAUUAGUAUCUUAUAGAAAUCCAAAUCUGGGAGAGGAAACUUAUCCGCUGUUCAUUCAGCUCCCAUGAGAUACUCUUAUUGGGAGGAAGAGAAGCCAAAUAAGUUUUCAUCUCCGUCAAGACGGUACACCAAUUACUCGAACCAUGGUGAGACUCUUAAUCAUGCUGAGUCAAACCACUUGAUCUUGUCGAGAAUUGGUGACCUGUUCUCACUUCAUUUAAUACUUAAAGGUCUCUGA